CUCUGGUCCUGUCACCAUCUACGCCGUUGGCAUACUAACAGACGUCCAUGUUGACAUCCUUCGAGCUCUCUCUUUAUUACACCCCCUUCUGUGGCUCAAAGAUCAUGUCACUUAUGUUUGAGUGGAUGCGCACGAGUUCACCUCCAGGUAAUAUAUUGGGCAUAUGCAAUCGGGGUGACUUCCCUUCACCACCUCAAAGUGGAUACAACCUCUUUACGCCGUUUUCAGAUUCUUCUCCUCACGAAGAUGCCAUCAGCUGGAGAAACUUAAUUCUGACAGUCUCAGGGACACUUGAGGAGGAUACGUGCAGUGAAACGUAUGAAUCUACCAGCUGGUUCUGCUCAAUAUGCCAUCCUGACGAUGAUCUUCCUGGCGAUCAGGCGAAGUUCAACCUGACGAUGAUCAUUGUGAUCUUCCUGGCGAAGGCUUUGAAACUUUCACUGGUCAUCUCUCUUCCCAAGAACAUGUACUUAGGAGGAGGGAGGGCCUGCCUUUCGAGGAUUUUCUACCCUUGCCGAGAUUCAGGGACGAGGAUGAGAAUCCUCCCACCAUAGUGAGAUGGCAACCAGAGGCAAGUUUUAGUUUGAUCUGAUAGCGUUGAGAUUUCUACAUUUUGAACCCGUACGUGUUUGUCUGCUUCAAAACCUCCUACUAAUAGUUUUCCUUUUUCUACUUU